UUAGGUUAUGUUCUGUGGACGACGUCAAUUGUAGUAAACACAACAUUUAAAUUUCAUUCAAGUGUGUCUAAUUCCUUUAAUUAUUUACUAAUCGGAUAACUAAAACUAACUUUUAUAGUAUUCUCUAAUUAACUUCUGCUUAUUCAUAUGGUUGCGUGUGCAACAAAUAUGUCUGCCAAGUGUGAAAAAUUGAAUUCAUCUUGCCCAGCUUAUGAAUUUGGUCCCAGGUUGAAGCUGCUCCGGUCUAACGACCAGGUCCGUGAGCUACAGACUAUACUUAGGGACAAAAACACAAGCCGCACAGAUUUCAAAUUCUAUGCUGAUCGUCUGAUUCGAUUGGUAAUUGAAGAAAGCCUUAAUCAAUUGCCAUUUGGUAGUUGUGUUGUGAUGACUCCUACAGGUAAUUAUUACAAAGGUACUAAAUAUGAAAGAGGAAACUGUGGUGUAAGCAUUGUUCGUAGUGGUGAAGCAAUGGAACAAGGGCUUCGUGAUUGUUGCCGCUCAAUUAGAAUUGGUAAAAUAUUGGUGGAAUCUGAUUCUGAUACCCAUGAAGCACGUGUUGUUUAUGCUAAAUUUCCCCAUGAUAUAGCUGAUAGAAAAGUGUUAUUGAUGUAUCCAAUUAUGAGUACUGGUAACACAGUUGUGAAAGCAGUUAAUGUAUUAAAAGAACAUCGUGUAUUGGAAGAAAAUAUUAUUUUGUCAAACUUAUUUACCACACCAGUAGCUGCCCAAACAAUUACUACAGCAUUCCCUUUGAUGACUAUAUUAACUUCAGAAAUGUAUCCAAUUGCACCAAAUCAUUUUGGACAAAAAUAUUUUGGUACUGACUAAAUAUAUUGAAAGAUCUUUUAUACAUAUAUAUUUGUACACCUAAAACUAUAUGGAUUUGAAUAUGAUAUUCUUUUUUUAUAUUAAAAAAAAAAAAAAAAGAUUAUUAAAAGACUCUUUUAAACUUUUUAAUAGAGUGAUCAAAACAAACUGUCAAUUAAACAUACAAGUUAUUUGUAGAGAUAUGUUUAUAAACAAAUAAAUUAUAAUAACUUAGUUACUUUAUUUUAAUUUUGAUAUUUGUUUAGAGAAUUAUCAUGUUUCUAAUUUCUACUGGUUAUUUUUGAAAAUAUGA